AUGGCCACGGUCGUGCCACGCGCCAAAAAGCAGAGGACAUUACCUGACCAGCUCAUCGGCCUCACCCCUUCCUCCCUUCAAGGUGUCGAUCCCAUCAGCGUCUCCAGCAGUAUGCUUGCACACCAGCAUCCCAUUCCUCCAUCACAUCAACAGCAGCAACCUUACGCGUAUACCAACACACACAAUCCGCCUGCUUCUUCCUCCACCAUGUCCGCAGCAAGCGGCAGCAGGCCCGCAAACCCUGCUCCUGGCUUUCAAAGAGUCAAUGAGGUCAUCGGAGGAAAGGUCCAAGAAGUCUUUGUUAUCGACGACGACACUCCACCACCAGCAAACGCGCUCAGCGUCCAGUCUGCACGCGGCCCGCAUCUUGUCAACAACUACGCACACGUCAACGGUCAUGCUGCAGCAGGCGCUCCUUACUCUUCAUCGCUCCACGGAUACGCUUCCGGCUCCGCCGCCGAUCCACGCUACGACGCCAACGUGCAUCUUUCCAAAGGCAAGCGUAAGGCGCACGACAACGGUACCACUGAACGCCUCUCUGCUGCUCAUCUCAACAUGUUGCCGCACGACGCCGACUUGAUUGCGCCUGCACCUCGCUCUGGCCUGCAUGGCGUAACCGCCGAAGCUCCCCUACCGAAGAGGCGCAAGCGAAGUCAUCCCGUCAAGCCUGACCACAUGCUUUCUGCUGGCGGCACAUAUGAUACCAGCGAGGCUGCCACAGCCGCAGCAGCACACCUCGUAGCAUCCGGCGCACCAGGCAUGGUACCCGCCAAACGGCAUGCACCUGAAUUGGUCCAGGCACGAGUGCCGCCCAACUACCGAGGAGGCUAUCCCGCAGGAACAGGCGUGCUCGACUAUGCUGCACGCUACGACCCAGCAGCUGCCAGUGCCGCGUUUGCACACACACAUCCGCCAGGCUACGAGGGCAGCGCUAGCACACGUGAUUCGUACGCCAGCUCAGCAUCAUACGUCGCCGCAGCUGCCGCCAACAAUGGUCCCAUUGACGACGAUCAGGGUCACUUUAUCGUCAACGAGGGUGACUAUGUUACGAGCCGAUACAAGAUCUUGCGGCUACUCGGCCAAGGCACGUUUGGCAAAGUGGUCGAGUGCUACGACAAGAGGCUACGCAAGUACGUCGCCAUCAAGAUCAUUCGUGCAGUACAAAAGUAUCGCGAUGCGAGUCAGAUCGAGAUCCGCGUACUGCGUACCUUGCGAGAAAACGACCCGGGCAACGACAACAGAUGCAUCCAUCUGCUUGAGACGUUCAACUUUAAGAAUCACGUCUGUAUCGUUUCCGAGCUGUUGGGCAAGAGCGUGUUCGACUUUCUCAAGGAGAACAAGUUCCAGCCGUUUCCGUCGUUGCAUAUUUGGCAGUUUGCCAAACAGCUCAUGCAGAGCGUUGCGUUUCUGCAUCGAUUGAACCUGGUGCACACGGAUCUCAAGCCGGAAAAUAUCUUGCUGGUGAGCAGCGAGCAUACCGUGGUGGCCACUUCGAGGCGGCAGAACGCCAAGAGGAAGCACGUGCUGCACAACACCGAGAUCCGUCUGAUCGACUUUGGCUCUGCGACGUUCAACGACGAGUUUCACUCGUCGGUAGUGUCCACACGCCACUAUAGAGCUCCCGAGAUCAUCCUGUCCAUGGGCUGGUCUUUCCCGUGCGACGUAUGGUCGAUCGGCUGCAUCCUCGUCGAGUUCUUCACCGGAGACGCGCUCUUCCAGACGCACGACAACCUGGAACACUUGGCCAUGAUGGAAGCCGUGCUGGGGAAAAUGCCGGACGACUACCGACGAAAAGCGGAAACGUACAAGCCAGAGUACUUUAAGCACGGUGCGCUCAAGUAUCCGCUCGCCGAGACAAGCAAGGACAGCAAAAAGUACGUCAGACAGAUGAAGAAGCUUCAGGACCUCAUUGCGCCCGCAACAUCGCAAUCGCAGUACAGCAAGCACAACAUGCGAUUUUUGGACCUACUGCGCAAGCUGUUGGAGUUCGAUGCGGGCAAAAGAAUCAAAGUCUCGGAAGCGCUCAAGCAUCCGUACUUUAUGUUGGAGGAGAAAGACUUUCCUCCGUGA